ACUCCUGCGCACUUUAGCAUCUCUGACACAACCCCCAGCUCUCUCCCUCUCUCUCUCUCUGCGCUAAAGUUCCAUUUUCUUCACCAGUCUCUCUCAUAGCCAACGCUGGAACCCUGAAACUAGGGUUUUCGACGUCAAUUUCGCCAAAAUCAGCCCUAUUGUGCUUUGUCAGAACAAAUAUGUCACGCUAGUCUACCUUUAUCUUCUAACAAUUAGGGUUUUUGCCUUCUUCUACCUCUUCUUCCACAGGCACACGCAAAUGGACGACAUUCAAGUCGACGCUAGGUAUCCACCAAAACAUCACUCGAUAAACCACCACAACUCAAAACCCUCAAUUCGAAACCACCCCUCUUAUCCAAUUAACCCUGAUUUUGGCAAAAAUUACGACAAUAACAUGGACUACGAUGAGGACGAUGAGUUGAAUGAAGAAUCCGAUGGGGAAACCCCCGCAUCUGAAGAAGUAGACUAUCAAAAUGGGUAUUAUGAGUCCGAGGAGCGAAAAAAGAAGCGAAGAAUAGAGAGUUUAGUCUCCAAUUACGAGUUUGCCCCUCGUGCCGCUGCAAAUUUACCGAGAAAUCAAUUUUUUGUUCGGAAUUCGCGGGAGGAUUGGAGUGAACAUGAAACCUUAGUGUUGUUAGAGGUGUGGGGCGAUAGGUUUAUGCAAUUGGGGAGGAUGAGUUUAAGGUCUGAAGAUUGGGAGGAGGUGGCCAAGAAUGUAUCGCAGGGGACACAAAUUGGUAGGAGUGAGAUAGAGUGUAGGAAUAGAUUGGGUGUUUUGAAGAACAAGUAUAACAAAGAGAGGGCGAAAAUGGAGGAAAUGAGAAGCGGGUAUGUGAGCAAAUGGGUGUUCUUUAAGAAGAUGGACAUGUUAUUGAAUUCGAGGAAGGAGAAACAGCAAUGUGGGUUGGCUUGUGGGUUCGAUUCGGGCGAGUACGUGUUUAUGGAUUCGAGUGUGUAUUUGAAUAGGUCGAAUGUGUUUGAUGAAAUGAGGGAUAGUCCGGUGGAAUCCGAAGAUGAGGAGGAUGAGGAAGAGGAGGAGAAUGAGGUUAAGGGGGUUGGAGACUUGGAGGGUGAUGGAUCUGAGUCGUUCAGCAUAUUGGCGGAUUCAAUUCAGAAGUUUGGGGAGAUAUAUGAGAAGAUAGAGACUAAUAAGAGGAAGCAGAUAAUGGAGUUAGAGAAGAUGAGGGUGGAUUUUCAGAGGGAGUUGGAAUUGCAGAAGCAGCAGACUCUCGAGAGAGUACAGGCUGAGAUUGCGAAAAUAAGGCAAGGGGUUGAUGAUGAGACAGAUGUUUCUUCAGAGGAUAUCUGUGGGUAAUGUAGGUACUCUGUAAGCCUGUAUUUGAACUAUGUUUUCAACAUAUCACAUUAAUUGAUUUGGUGUUUUUCUUGUUCUUAUUUUGGUAUGCUUGUAUUGUGUACUAGAUUGUGUUUGCUCAGAAAGGUAAUGAAUCAUAGAAUUUUAC